AUGCCUUCUCGAGAUAAAUACACAGUUGGCUGGAUCUGUGCCAUCCGCAAGGAAUACGUCGCCGCCCUAGCUUUUCUGGACGAGGUAUAUGAAGAAGUAUUUGAGCUUUCAAAGAACGACAACAAUACUUAUACCUUCGGCAAGCUUGGAGCCCACCUUGUGGUUAUAGCUGUCUUACCUGAUGGCAUUUACGGUAUAUGCUCUGCUGCGAACGUCGGGAGAGACAUGUUGCAUAGCUUCCCGAAUAUUGAAAUUGGCCUGUUGGUUGGUAUUGGUGGAGGUGCGCCCAGUCAACGUCACGAUAUCCGCUUAGGCGAUGUUGUUGUUAGUACCCCUAGUAAUACGACCGGUGGUGUGGUCCAAUAUGAUUUCGGUAAAACCAUUCAAAACGAAAGCUUCCUAUUUACAGGUUUUUGGAAUCAGCCACCGACGUUCGUGCGCCCUGAGAGAAGUGGAACGGAUGAUAACCCUAUGAUCCACCAUGGCUUAAUUGCGUCGGCAAACAAACUCAUGAAGGAUGCUACAAUACGUGAUAAGCUUGUAGCAGAAAAGGGGGUUCUAUGCUUCGAGAUGGAAGCUGCAGGUUUAAUGAACCACUUUCCUUGCUUGGUCAUUCGGGGUAUAUGUGACUAUUCGGACACGCAUAAAAAUGACCAGUGGCAAGGGUAUGCAGCAAUGGCAGCGGCAGCUUAUACAAAAGACCUUUUAUGUUGUUUAUCGCCGAGCCGGAUAGCAGCAUAUAGGGAUGCUAAGGGGAAUCAGGAAGACAAAUCCAUCCGCGAAUGGCUUGCAGGCAUUGACUACUCCAAGGACCACAAAUAUUACCUGGAUAAAUGGCAAAAUGGGACAGGUGGGUGGCUUAUUAAGUCAGAAGAGUUUGGAAAAUGGUUGGAUAAGGACAACCAGAUUCUUUUCUGCCCAGGCAUUCCUGGUGCAGGCAAGACUUUCGCUGCCUCUUUCAUCAUUGAUCACUUGUGCCAGAACUAUCAGAGAGACACAGACACGAACAUUGGUAUCGCAUAUGUAUACUUCGACUGGCAAAAGCCCCAGAUCUCGCGUAGUGAUCUGCUUUCAAGCCUUCUUUCGCAGUUGAUUCGGCCUUCCAUUCCGGAGAUUGUAAGAAGCUUUUACAACCAGCAUAUAACCCGAACUACCCGACCUUCAUCGGAGGAUAUUAUGGAUAUCUUGGUGGAAGUCGUUAGCAUGCAAACGAGGACCUUUAUAAUCGUCGACGCGCUGGAUGAAUGCAAUGGUUCUGUCGGGUCACGGUCAGAUGUCCUAGCAACAUUGUUCAGUCUGCAGGACAAAACUCGUGCGAACCUCUUGGUGACGUCGCGGCAUAUUCAUGCAAUAGAGACAGAGUUUGCCGAAAGAGGGAGUAUCGUGCUCGAGAUUCGCGCUCGCGAUGAAGACAUCCGGAGAUAUCUCGACGACCAUGUAACUUGGCUACCAAAGUUUGUUCUGGAGAAGCCUGGGUUGGAAGAAAAGAUCGUAUCGGCAAUUAUAAAAGCAGCAGAUGGGAUGUUUCUCCUCGCAUAUCUUCAUUUGCAAAGGACUUUAGAAAUGUUACCUAAAGUAUCUGGCGCAUACAAUGCGGCUUACAACAGGAUUAUGCACAGAAUUGAACAGCAGCCCAUGAACCGCAGAAUACUAGCUUCUCGGGUUCUUUCUUGGAUAUUUCGCGCACGGCGACCGUUGGGAAUCAUCGAGCUACAGCACGCCUUAGCUGUUACAGAAAACUCAUCCUCAAUCGAUUUAGAUAAUAUUCCAGCCAUUGGCAUAAUAAUCGAUGUUUGCGCUGGCUUGGUUUUCGCCGACAAAAGCUGUGGAAUAGUACGCCUGGUCCACUUCACAGCACAGGAGUACAUUGAUCAAUCUUGGAUAGCACGGUUUCCCGAUGCCGAUGUGAAUAUUGCAAAGACUUGUCUGACCUACCUAUUAUACGAAACAUUUGAAAGGGGCCCGACUACGACUUGGGAAGAAUACCGACAGCGACUAAAAAACAAUCCCCUUUAUGAGUAUGUCGCACGGUAUUGGGGUUUCUAUGCUAGGGAAUCCUACCUCGAAGUCAAACAGUUAACAUCAUAUUUCCUGCGGCAUAGCUCAGUGCUGGCUAGCGCAGCGCAGGUUAUACUGGAAGAAGCUUCUCUCUUCCGUCCGUUGAGGAAACUGGAAGGGAUUAUGGGGUUGCAUAUCGCCGCGUAUUUCGGAAUAAACCAUGAAGUUAUAGACUUUCUAAAGGAUACACCAUGCACUGCUACGGUGGAUAGUUUUGGUCAUACCGCUUUACAUUGGGCAGUGAUGGGAGGACAGAUUCGGACAGUUGAAGUUCUUCUACAAGAGGGGCUCGAUGUUAAUGUGAUAGAUACUGAGAUGAGAUCUGCGUUGCACUACGCAGCUAGCCAAGGCGACGCUGUAUUGACACAUCUCCUGUUAAGCAAAGGUGCACUUACUGAGAUUCGGGAUAUAGGUGGGCAGACGCCCUUAUUGGCUGCCGCAGAUAAGCUCAGUAUUGCGGCGAUCAAAGAGCUAUUAGAUGCUGGGGCCUUUGUCAAUGCAAUAGAUGCAAUGAGUCGGAAUGCAUUACAUUUGGUAGUGCUUGCUGCAAAGGAUCAGAGCGCCAAUCUAGCUCACUUGCUUUUAUCUUGGGAUAUUGAUGCCAGCUUGACCGAUUUUGAUAACAUGACCCCGCUGCAUUAUGCUGUUGCCACAGGAAAUCGCCAAGUUGCAGAUAUACUUCUCGAGGCGGGCGUCGAUAUUAAUAUUGGCGUUGAGAGAAACCUUUGCACGAUUAGUAUGGAAGCUGGGGAAACAACCUAUCAAAGACGUCAGCCACCUCAAACUGCAGAAGCGAAUAUUACCAACGCUGUUGGUCUCACACCGCUGCAUUUUGCAGCUUGUAGCGGCCACUGUGCAAUGACUGAAUAUCUCCUGGACAAGGGUGCCAAUCCAAACUCACAGUCUCACGACGGGGACACACCAUUGCAUAUUGCCCUGAAUAGAGGCAUCCCAGGAAGCAGUCCAAGAAGAUUGGCGAACGAUGACGCAUGGACGGGCGACAGAUGGCAAGUUGAGCUUAAUGUUGACUAUAUAUCCGACUACGAAGGAGAGGAAGCACGCGAGAUCCAUGGAUACAUUGAUGAACAGAGAUUAGCGGUAAUUAGUAUCCUUCUUGCAAAAAGUGAUAUUGAUGUGAAUAUCGCAAAUUCAGCACUAGAAUCGCCACUUCAUAAAAUUCGCUAUGACACAAUUGACUCAGAAGUGGUUGUUCAGUCACUGCUCGAGAAGGGGGCCAAUGCUUUUGCACGUAACUGGAAAGGACAAACAGCAUUACACCUCGCCUGCAGCGCAGGAAGUUCUACGAACGUCUGCAAGUUCCUUGACUGGGGUUGUUCUAUUACCAAUAAGGAUUCAGAAGGUGUGACCGCUUUGCAUUACGCCGUGCACCAGGAUAAGUGUGACACCGUAAAAGUGAUCCUAAACAAGGAUCGAGAGGGAGGCCGACAGCUAUGUCUCGAAACAGACAGACAAGGCAGGUCUUUACUGCAUCACCAUCUCCAAUCAUGUAUCUGCUCUCUCGAGAUGGUCACCAUACUACUGGACCAUGGUGUGAGAGUUGACGAUGUUGACAAAAAUGGAGACACCCCUCUUAGCAUAUACCUGCGGAAGUUUAAAUUGUUAUGCGAGUCAGAAAUUUGCCUCUCUCUUCUGCAGCAGGGAGCUGAUGCAUUCUGGACAAGCCCAAAAGGUGAGAACUUAGCGCACCUGGCGAUGCACAAUUGGAAGGUGGAGAUCGAGCUUUUGAAGCUCUUGUCGGAACACGGUGUGAAUUUGUCCUCGAAGGACAACAGUGAAAAAAAUAUCUUACAUCAUGGAGCUAUUCAUGGCUCAGUGAGUAAAGAUAUUCUUGACUUCAUUUUGCAAAAGGAUCUCAUCAACUGGAACGACAAAGACGAGGAAGGAAAGAAUCCGUUUAUGUAUGCGCUGGAAGAGUCCAAAAAAAAGCGACAUCCCGACCUAUUUGCGUCAGAUAGAUGGAAGCAUACAUGGGAGAAUCUAAGUAACCUAGCUGGGGCAAAAGAGGUUUAA